AUGCUCGUCGAAGUCAAGGCCAUUGCUUUGAACCCCGUCGAUUAUUUUCAGAGAGACAUCGGCGCCCUGAUUCAAGGCUUUCCUACAGUUCUUGGAUCAGAUAUUGCGGGAGUUGUGGUUAGUGUCGGCCCAGAUACACCAUCAAACACACCUCAGCCUGGUAGCAGGGUAGCGGCUUAUGCUUCAGGUUACUUUCACAAGAGCGCGGCGGACUUCGGGUCUUUCCAGCAAUUCGUGCUUGUGGGCGUCGAAAAAGUGGCUUUGCUACCAAAUUUCGUAAGCUUCGCCGAGGGGUCUAUCUUGCCAAUGUCGGUCUCGGUAGCGAUGUCGGCCUGGUAUGGAUUUGGAAUGCCACACAACACUAAAUACUCGCCCGGUGACAGACAAGGUAUGCUGGUUUGGGGAGCGUCUACCAGUGUCGGUACAGCCGCCGUCCAGAGCGCCAAGUCCAUGGGCUUCUAUGUCUAUGCCACCGCAAGCCCUCAAAACCACGGAUACCUGCAAAAGAUCGGAGCUGACCGAGUUUUUGAUUACAAAUCCGACAAUAUUGUGUUGGAGAUAAUGAAUUCAUGGAGCCAGGAUCAUAUAACGCUUCAACAUUGCUUCCUAGGUCAAGGAAACCUAGACUUUGUUUCUGACCUGCUCAAUCGGCUCAGAGGCGACGGCAUUGCGAAGAUUGGCUCAGCGCCAAUAAUACCGCCGGAUGCUAAAAAGAUAGACGGCGUUAUAGUCAAUUUUCUACAUCCCCCGAAGGAGGCAAAGGAAUCCUACGAUUAUUUCCACUGGGUGUUCAAUGAAUGGUUGACGGAAAGACUCGCUAAAAAAGAAUAUAUUCCUAGUCCUCGCUUGAAGGUUGUUGGGACAGGCUUAGAAGCUAUUGACAGGGCGCUUGACGAGCUCAAGCAGGGCGUUAGUGGGACCAAGUUGGUCGUUGAGCUUGAUUACCAAGAUUUCGGCGACGUUCCCAACGACUGGAAGGAUAAUGAGUCCUACGAAGGACUGGCGGAGAAUGCCGUUUUCAUUCAGAGCCCCAAAGCUAGAUACAAUAGCAUCGGCACAGACGCUGAUGAGGCCAGUCGAUAUGAUUAA